ACAAUUAGACCAACGCCAAUUGCGCAAUAGAUUUGGCCUUUUACCAUAGCCAGUAAUUGUGAGUGAGCCAAAAAAUGGCGCCAGCCCGAGUAGAGACAUUGUCCAGCAGUGGUCUGGAUUCAAUCCCGGCCGAAUACGUGAGGCCAAUCGAAGAGAGAUCCACGGAUAGCGUUCUCGAUCUCAAGAAUGGAGGAGAUGGUCCUCAGCUUCCCGUCAUUGAUUUUGCCGGGUGGGAAACAAGCGAAGAGGAGAGGAAAAGAAUAAUGCGCCAAGUUGCAGAGGCGAGCCGAGAGUGGGGAGCCAUGCAACUGCUGAAUCAUGGCAUCCCCGAGACUCUCAUUGCUCGCCUCCAGUCUGCCGGAAAAGCUUUCUUCGAUCUGCCCAUCGAAGAAAAGGAAAAGUACGCUAAUGACGCGGCCAAUGGAAAGAUCUCGGGUUAUGGCAGCAAGCUGGCCAACAAUGCGAGCGGGCAGCUGGAGUGGGAGGAUUACUAUUUCCACAUUCUGUGGCCUCAUCUCAAGCGCGAUGUUGAAAACACAUGGCCUGGUUACCCGGCUGAGUAUGAGGAAGUCACGGACGCUUAUGGAGUGCACAUUCGAAAACUGACGAGCAUUCUUUUGGGCGCAUUGUCUUCGGAGCUCGGUUUGGAGAAGAAUCGCAUGGAGAAACUGCUGGGUGGGGAGGAGUUAGUUAUGGAGUUGAAGAUCAAUUAUUACCCGCGUUGCCCUCAGCCGGAGCUCGCUUUGGGAGUCGAAGCGCACACCGACAUCAGUGCCCUUACAUUUCUCCUGCAUAACAUGGUGCCCGGACUGCAGCUUUUCCACCAGGGGAAAUGGAUUACUGCCAAAUGCAUUCCUGGGGCUCUCAUCUUUCAGCUCGGUGACCAAGUAGAGAUCCUGAGCAACGGUAAGUACAAGAGCGGGCUCCACAGAGGACUGGUGAACAAGGAGAAGGUGAGGAUAUCGUGGGCCGUGUUCUGCUGUCCUCCUAAGGAGGCGGUGACUGGGCCUAUGAAAGAGAUGGUCGACGAGCAAAACCCGCCGCUGUUUCCGACGAGGACCUUCCAGGAGCACAUCGAUUACAAGCUCUUCAGGAAGAACCAGGUUAAGAAGGAAAAGGCCGCCGAAUGAGACGGUUUAUUGUGACUGGAGCUAUUCCCUCAUGGUUAAAUAAAUAACUGCUCGCUAUCACCAUUAAUGGGCCUGUUUUGUUAUUUCUUCCCGCUGUUAACUACUUACAGGCUUCGGAGUUAGCUAGCAGUUUUUAUGUUUUAGAAUGUUCCUUACUAUUUUAUUAAAUACGAACAAGCUGGUUUGGGAUUUA